AACGGGAACCCGAGUGAAACAUCCGAACACGUGCCUCUGUUGUAAUGUUUCAAACGUGUGCGGAAAGUUGAGAGCAGCAGCAGCAAGCAAACAGCCUCUGGACUCUGCACAGCAAGGUCCCGGGCUGGAAUCCGGGAGUCUCCGCCAUGCGCCUCCCAUCCUGAUUUGUCAAACUUGGGCAUGGUUUCUAGGCGCCUGAUUGGACCGAGCCAAUGACAACACCUGCUUCUUGCCUUCAUUGAAGUGACAGGAGCGCCAGGGGCUCCGGUCCGGGUAUAUUUAGAGAGAGUCAGCCCCUGUCUCAGAAUUUCUGGUCAGCCCCCUGUGCGCUCACUGAGCUGCUCUCCUUGUACUAUCAGUGUUGUGUGCGUGUGCGUGUGAGAGAGAGAGAGAGAGAGUGCGCGCGCGCGCGCCUCCUGGCCCCCAGACAGCGCGGCGAUGGACUCUGUCAUGUUAGCCCGUCUCCUCACAGCCCUGCUCACUCUCGCACCGCCUGAGCUCGCCCUGGGCACGGACGAGGCUGAAUUGCUGGAAAACCACCACGAACGGGACAAAUUGACCAACCAGCAAAAAGCUCGCCUCUCUUUACAGAACACAGCUGAAAUACAACACUGCCUGGUGAACACAGGCGACGUUGGCUGUGGAGUUUUUGAAUGUUUUGAAAACAAUUCCUGCGAAAUCCAUGGACCACAUGAUAUAUGCUUGGCCUUCCUGCACAACGCUGGCAAGUUCGAUGCCCAGGGUAAAUCUUUUAUUAAAGAUACUCUGAAGUGCAUGGCUCAUGGAUUGAGAAUAAAAUUCAGCUGCAUCAGUCGGAAGUGCUCCACUAUCCAGGAGAUGGUAUCUCAGUUGCAGCAAGAGUGCUACCUCAAACAUGACCUCUGUUCCACCGCCAAGGAGAACAUUAAUGUGGUUGUGGAGAUGAUUCAUAUUCGGCAUCUGCUUUCAAAAGGGUCAUACUUGGAGUUUAUAAAGGCUCUGUUCCAUUGUCAUGAAGUCGUUAUGGAAGCUGUAAAGAAAAGUGUGCGUUCACGAUUUGGACAGAACCUUGCAUUUCUAAGGCAGAUUUUGCAAGAGGAUUCCUGCUCUUCUCGCAAGCAGGCUGAUCAAGUCACCCCGACAACAGCAGCUCCUGAGAAAAAGCAAGGGGAGAACCGUAAGGGCCACAAGGGUAGCUCUGAAGUAAAUUAUCUUGAGAUUGAAAGGGAGAAUGCUAAGAACCCUAAAGGAGAAAAGGAGAGAGGUGGAAGAAUUCACCCAAAUGCACGUGCCCGAGGUUCUGGCCAAGCUUCAAGGCGAAUAACCGAGGAACGUACUCAUACGAGUGACGCCAUUGAGUUAUCUGAUAUCAGAAGGUGAAAGGCUGUUAGUCUUGAGGACUUUCAAUGGAUCCAUUUCCUUACAUGGACAUUCCAAUACACAUAGCCUAAAAUGGGAUUUGUGUUACAUGCAAAAUAUUCUGGGAAUUAUAGUUCACCUCAGCAGUCAGCUUCCAUACUUCACUUAAAAUUUAAAAAAAAACCUACAACUUCUAGAAUGCAGUCCAACAUAUAUCCCAUAAUCACUGUACUUGAAACUAAACAUUUAUAUCAAUUAUCUCACUCAACAAGUCACCUCAACAAACAUGAAAGUUUCCUUUUUUAAUUUAAAAACAAAAUAAGAACAUCUUUUAUUUCAGGGCAAAAUCUUUUAUUAUUGGAUAUAUCUUGGGUAAUUUUGUACAGGGCAAAGCUUUUGUGAAGGUCUACAUGUUCGUCUACUGAUUACAUUUAUUCUAUAUUGUAAAUAUUUAACAUUACUAUUUAUUAUAGUUGCUGUAUCACCAAUAUACCUGUUGGAUAAGGUAAAUUAAACUAUUUCAUUUCCUGUGUUGUACAUAUUCAUAUCACUAGUGAGUUUUCUUACGCAGCAUACUGUAAUUUUAUAUCAUUCUAUAAUUUUAUUGGUAGUUGUUAAUUCUUUAUUUAUUAAACACCUUAAUCUAUUAAACAUCUUAUUCAAGCCUAACAAAAAUUGCAUUUUUAUUGGUAGUUUUAACUAGAGUAUCAUUAAAUCAUGCUGUUAACUGCUAACAUAUUGCUAUCUGGUAGUUAUUUAGUGACGCUUUCCUUUCGGUUUUAGGCCUAUCCUGGCAAAAUCAAACCAAUGAAUAGUAAAUGAGAAAAAAAAUAAAAUAUAUAUAUAUAUGGUGUAGCAUUCAAUGAAUUAUUUCUAUGCAUUAAUCAUUCAUUACAUGUAUAAAUGAACACUUCAAUUUUUUCUCCAAGUAUACACUUCCAAAAUUGUCUUUUGAUUUUAACGAAGGCCCUCCAAUCACAAAAUCUUUUGGUGAUUUUUGUCUGUACUUUUAUUUAGUUAGUAUAUCCUACUUAAGAUAUGGUUUCUAUUUUCCAAAAUCUGACAUUUUAUUUCCAGACUUGUUCCUUCUGUCCUAUCACAAAUUGUUGAAUAAAGAUAAACUGCCUGAUCUCACCAUCCAAUUGCAGUUAUGUGCAACAAUUGGUCUGUAAUGUACAGGGUAUGUUUGUCUCUGAACACUAAAUGAACUAUUCAAUAACACCAGGAUAAAAUAGUCCUUACAAUUUGUGUCUUUACCUUCAACUGUAAUAGCUAUGGGAAGUCAUUUGUAAUAACCUGAUAUAACAAUGGAGAAUGUCGUUUCACAGUCAAUUGACCAAGACAAUAUGUUUUGAUGAUCUGAUCACAUGUGCAAAACUAGCUUAAUUACCAAAAUAAAAUUCAUGUU